AAUUAUUUAUGCCUCACGAGACAGGGACUGAAGAGAGAGGAGUCUGGUUCCUCAAAGACUUUACCCAGUCCAUACGCGUCUUCUUCUCCACCAAACCCUCAAACCUCUGCAAAGUUUGUUACUUUUUCUUUCUCACUUUCUCCAAUGGCUGACAAUUUGAUGGACAAAGUGAACGCCCUCGGCGAGCGUCUCAAGAUGAGCGAGGUAGGUCGCAAGAUGAGCGAGGGAAUGAGCUCCAUGAGCUUCAAGGUCAAGGAGUUCUUCAAUGGUCCCAACCAGGUCGACAAGCUCGUCGAAGACGCCACCUCCGAAUCCCUCGACGAGCCCGAUUGGGCCAUGAACCUUGACCUCUGCGACCUCAUCAACACCGAUAAGGUCAACAGCAUCGACCUCAUCAGGGGAAUUAAGAAGAGGAUCCAGCUCAAGAGUCCUAGGGUUCAGUACUUGUCCCUCGUCUUGCUUGAAACCAUCGUCAAGAAUUGCGAGAAGGCUUUCUCUGAAGUCGCUGCUGAGAGGGUUCUUGAUGAUAUGGUUAGGUUAAUUGACGAUCCUCAAACCGUUGUUAAUAACCGCAACAAGGCUUUGAUCAUGAUUGAGGCUUGGGGCGAAUCCACCAGCGAGCUUCGCUAUCUCCCUGUUUAUGAAGAAACUUACAAGAGUCUGAAAUCAAGGGGUAUUCGGUUCCCUGGCCGUGACAACGAGAGCUUGGCGCCUAUUUUCACUCCUCCGCGUUCGGUGUCCGAGGCUGAACUUGAUCUUCCACGCCGGACUCAGCAUGAAGAUAUUCCUGUGCAGAGUUUUACUCCUGAACAAACUAAGGAAGCUUUUGAUGUUGCUAGAAACAGCAUUGAGCUUCUUUCUACUGUGUUGUCUUCUUCUCCACAACAAGAUGUCUUGCAGGAUGAGUUGACCACGACACUUGUACAGCAAUGCCGCCGCUCUCAAACUACUGUUCAGCGAAUUGUUGAAACUGCUGGGGAUGAUGAAGCGCUGCUCUUUGAGGCCUUGAAUGUUAAUGAUGAGAUUCAGAAGGUACUCUCCAAGUACGAAGAUCUAAGGAAGCCCACAGUCAUUCCAGUUCCACCCGAACCAGCUAUGAUCCCUGUUGCUGUGGAGCCAGAAGAGUCACCUCGUCAUGCUAAAGAAGAUGCAUUGAUUAGAAAGCCAGCUGGAUCAAGAGCCGCUGGCCAUGGAGGGAGCAACGAGGACAUGAUGGAUGAUCUUGAUGAGAUGAUUUUUGGUAAAAAAGGUGGGGAUUCAUCAGGUGGGGGACAUGAUACAAAGAAGCAGCAAUCAUCCAAAGAUGAUCUCAUCUCCUUUUGAUGUGCAUUGCCAAGCGACCCUCUGAACAUAUGACACUGCCUUUUUAUUCAUUUUUUUUUUUCUUUUUUUUUUUUUUAAUUUUAUUUUCUUUCUUUCUUUCCUUUUUUUUUGUCUUUAACUAGAUGUUGGUUGUGAACUUGGUUGAGAAUUUCAGAUUGCUGGUUCCGUUAUUGUUUCUUCUUUUGCACACACAGUUACAGUGCAACCUAUGUCUGAAUUAUGGUAUAUAAGUUGUUGGCAUGGUUGGUAUAGAUGGAUGGGUAUAAAUUCUAAUGUAACUUCGAUGGUGUUUCCAUUCA